GAAAAAUUACAAUUAAUAUUGAUUUUAAUGUAUGCCAAGUAAGGAUUAAAAUCUCACAUUUGAUUCCUUACGAACAACCAACUCAUCGUGAAAAUAAAUUACCUGAAAACGCUAUUACAUGGAUAUCUGAAAAUGUAAAUAGGAAUUUUAGAAAAACUGAAAUAUAUAAAAGGCUCUAUGAAGAAAAACUUAUUGACCCAAAAAUACAUACCUAUAACCAAAUUUACUAUUGGCUUUAA